AUGGCUCCUCGUGAUAAAAAGCUAAACAAGGUUGGAAACUUUGUUGUUUUCAUCUGCUACGGUCCCGACAACGAUUUCCAUGUCUGGCCUGAGCCUCAAGAUAAACCACAAGCGUUACCGGAGAUCGUUGGAAAGUUCAACGCGUUGAGCGAUCACAUGAGGAUGAGUCACGCCUCCGAUCUCUUCGACUUGCCAUAUCUCAAGGGUUUGUCGGAUGAAGAAUUGCUUAGACAUCUCGCUAAGCUUAACUCCCACUUAGUUGGAAUCAAGCAGAAAAAGAUGACUGUAUUGAAAACAAGAGGAAACUCGAAGAAGCCCAGUGACCAUCUUAGGGUUUCAGACAACGCCGCCACCAUCAUCUCAAACCGCAAGGUGGCGCCUUCUUCGGAUGCUCGAUUAGGGUUUGGAGAGUCGGGUUACGUUUGCCGUGGCUCUCACGAAACUGUUUCCAGUUUGGGAUCUAGUGCUGCUGCUUCCAAGGCUUUCAGUGUUCCGGAUUCUUCCUUCACCCCCUCUCACAUUAGGGCUAUCUUGGGGUGA